AUGGAAUUAAAUCUCAAUAGAGUAGAUUAUGCACAUGUUGGGACUACAACAAAUUUAAUUCACACAACUUCUGUAGAUGGCGGCCAUUUAAGUACUCGAAGACAUUCCACAAUUAAAUUAGAAAAUACAGAAAGUGGAGGAGGAGGGGAAGGAGAACAAUUAAUAAUUAAACGGAAAGGGAGUAAUAAAAGGAAAAAUAAAUUAAAUGAAAAUGAAACUGAUAAAUUAAUUAUUGGAGAUCAAAAUGGGGUUGUGCUAUGUAUGGAAAGGAAAGAUGGAAAUACAAAUAUUCUCUAUAAAACACCUCCUGGUCCUCCAAUUCGAAGACUUAUGAUGGGAGGUGCUUUAGGUUCUAUACAAGAUAAAGCAUUUAUUGCUUGUGGAACUGAAGUUAGAGGAUAUAGCCGUAAAGGAAAACAAUUUUUGGCAUUUAAUUCGAAUUUAACAGAAUCAAUUCAAUCUUUAUAUGUUUAUGGUAUUGAUAUGUUAAUUGCAAGCAAAAACUCUUUUUAUCAUUUUCACGAUUGUAUUGAGAAAAGUCAUUUUUCUUGUAGCGACAAUAUUCUUGACGUUCUUUGUUUACCUAUAACAGAAGGUGGAUGGGUUGGACGUGGAUUAACACCUGUUUUGGCUUGUGCUGAUAAAACAAUUAAAGUUUUGGAUGGUUCAAGAAUUGUUUAUCAAGUUCCAUUAAACGAAGUCCCGACAGUUUUACAUCUUUUUUGUAAUGAUGGAGGGUAUAAUAAACAGAAAGUAUUAUUUGGAUGUAAAAAUGGAUAUAUUGGUUUAGUUGAUUUGGGGGUAGAUUUUUGGACAAUGUGUCAACAAUUCGAGACAAAAUCCUUUGGAACUAUUUCCACAAUUCAUUGUUAUCCAAUGAUGGGAGAGGAGAAUAAUACACAACCAGAUGUUUUGAUAGGAAAGGAUGAUGGACUUAUUGAAUUAUAUGCUGUAGACGAAAAUAAUAAUUUAACAUUUCGUCAAUCAUAUCAAUGCGAAGAAAGUAUUACUGGAUUACAAGGAGGGAGAGUAGGUAAUGGAAUAUAUCCAGAAUUGAUAGUUACUACGUAUACAGGUUGGGUAUUUGGAUUAACAACAGAGCCUGUAUUUGCAAUAAAUUCUGGAUUGGAUGAAAGAGGAAGUGAGGCGCCAGAAAUGGAAAUUAAAGUACAACAAAUGAGAUUAGAAAUAGAGCAAUUAGAAAUUAAAGUAAAAGAUGAAAGAGAACGGUUUAAUAAUGAAAUGACUCGUUUAAAUCAAAUAGCUAGUGAAGUACCUGCAAAUGGAAAUUUAAUAGGGAAUAAUACAAGUUUAAUGGCUUUUACUGUUAAUGAUAGAUUUGAAUUGAGGAAAGAAUUGGCUUGUUAUAAUUUGUCUGUUGAAUUAGCAAUUCCAAUAGAUUAUGUUUUAUUACAGAGUGAUGUUAAAGUUGAUUUAUUGGAUGUUGAAAGGAAUUCUGCAGUUAUUUCUGUUACUGAACCAGAAAAUGAUUCAGGAAAUGCACUUUUGGCAGUUUAUCGUUGUCAAGCUGAUAUUACAAGAAUGGAAAUGCGUAUUAGAUCAAUUGAAGGACAAUUUGGCACUUUACGUUUAUAUAUUGUACCUAGACUUGUUCCUCUUACAUGCAAGGUAUUUAAAUAA